GGGCGGUUGUGUUUGAUACGCGGAGCAGGAGAGAGUGACAGGGCAUGUCACUGUCCCACUUGUACCGGGACGGGGAAGGCCAAGGCCACAUGGAUGACGAGGACGAGCGGGAGAACUUUGAGAUCACCGACUGGGAUCUCCAGAAUGAAUUCAACCCCAACCGGCAGCGCCACUGGCAGACCAAGGAAGAGGCCACCUACGGAGUGUGGGCAGAGCGAGACUCGGAUGAAGAGAGGCCCAGCUUUGGAGGCAAACGGGCCCGCGACUACUCGGCGCCAGUCAACUUCAUCAGCGCGGGGCUCAAGAAAGGGGCGGCAGAAGAGCCGGAGCUGGAAGGCUCCGAUGAUGAGGAGAAACCUGUUAAGCAGGAUGAAUUUCCUAAGGAUUUCGGACCAAAGAAGUUAAAAACGGGUGGCAAUUUUAAACCCAGCCAGAAAGGUUUUGCAGGAGGAACCAAGUCUUUCCUGGAUUUUGGCAGCUGGGAAAGACACACAAAAGGAAUUGGACAGAAGCUUCUUCAGAAGAUGGGCUAUGUCCCUGGAAGAGGCCUUGGGAAGAACGCACAAGGUAUCAUCAACCCAAUCGAAGCCAAGCAGAGAAAGGGGAAGGGCGCCGUGGGGGCAUACGGCUCGGAGCGCACCACUCAGCCCCUGCAAGACUUCCCCAUGGCUGACUCCGAAGAAGAAGCCGAGGAGGAAUUUCAGAAGGAGCUGAGCCAGUGGAGGAAAGACCCCAGUGGAAGCAAGAAGAAGCCCAGAUACUCUUACAAGACAGUGGAAGAGUUGAAAGCCAAGGGCAGGAUUAGCAAGAAGCUCGCUGCUCCCCAGAAGGAGCUUUCUCAGGUCAAGGUCAUAGACAUGACGGGCCGGGAGCAGAAGGUCUACUACAGCUACAGCCAGAUCAGCCACAAGCACAGCGUCCCCGACGACGGGCUCCCGCUGCAGUCACAGCAGCUGCCCCAGCCCGGCAAGGAGGCCAAGGCCCCCGGCUUCGCACUGCCGGAGCUGGAGCACAACCUGCAGCUGCUCAUCGACCUCACAGAGCAGGAGAUCAUCCAGAACGACCGGCAGCUGCAGUACGAGCGAGACAUGGUGGUCAACCUGUCCCACGAGCUGGAAAAGGUGUCGGAGGUCCUGGAGCACGAGGAACGGGCCAUCUCCAACCUGAGCAAGGUCCUGGGGCUCGUGGAGGAGUGCGAGCGGCGCCUGCAGCCCGGCUGCGGUGACCCCCUCACCCUGGACGAGUGCGCCCGCAUCUUCGAGACCCUGCAGGACAAGUACUACGAGGAGUACAGGAUGUCCGACCGCGUGGACCUGGCCGUGGCCAUCGUCUACCCGCUCAUGAAGGACCACUUCAAGGAGUGGGACCCCCUCAAGGACUGUACGUACGGCACCGAGAUCAUCUCCAAGUGGAAAAGCCUCCUGGAGAACGACCAGCUGCUGUCCCACGGCGGGCAGGACCUCUCGGCAGACGCCUUCCACAGGCUGAUAUGGGAAGUCUGGAUGCCAUUUGUUCGAAAUAUCGUCACUCACUGGCAACCGAGGAACUGCGACCCGAUGGUGGACUUUCUGGAUAGCUGGGUGCACAUCAUUCCCGUGUGGAUCCUGGAUAACAUCCUGGACCAGCUCGUCUUCCCCAAGCUGCAGAAGGAGGUGGAAAACUGGAACCCGCUGACAGACACCGUCCCCAUCCACUCGUGGAUCCACCCGUGGCUGCCUCUCAUGCAGGCGCGCCUGGAGCCGCUCUACUCCCCCAUCCGCAGCAAGCUGGCCAGCGCCCUGCAGAAGUGGCACCCCAGCGACUCCUCGGCCAAGCUCAUCCUCCAGCCCUGGAAAGAUGUCUUCACCCCCGGCUCCUGGGAAGCAUUCAUGGUCAAGAACAUAGUGCCCAAACUGGGGAUGUGCCUCGGGGAGUUGGUCAUCAACCCCCACCAGCAGCACAUGGAUGCUUUUUAUUGGGUCAUCGACUGGGAAGGGAUGAUCUCUGUCUCCAGCCUCGUGGGGCUUCUUGAAAAGCACUUCUUCCCCAAGUGGCUUCAGGUGCUGUGCUCCUGGCUCAGUAACAGCCCAAAUUACGAGGAGAUCACCAAGUGGUACCUGGGUUGGAAGUCCAUGUUCUCAGACCAAGUGCUGGCGCACCCAUCCGUCAAGGACAAAUUUAACGAGGCACUUGAUAUCAUGAACAGGGCGGUGUCCUCCAAUGUCGGUGCCUACAUGCAGCCCGGAGCACGGGAGAACAUCGCCUACCUCACCCACACGGAGCGGAGGAAGGAUUUCCAGUACGAGGCCAUGCAGGAACGACGAGAGGCUGAGAACAUGGCCCAGAGAGGCAUCGGCGUGGCUGCCAGCUCCGUGCCCAUGAACUUUAAAGACCUCAUUGAGACCAAGGCCGAGGAGCACAACAUCGUCUUCAUGCCCGUCAUCGGGAAGCGACACGAAGGGAAGCAGCUGUACACCUUCGGCCGCAUCGUCAUCUACAUCGAUCGGGGCGUGGUGUUCGUGCAGGGGGAGAAGACCUGGGUGCCCACCUCCCUGCAGAGCCUGAUUGACAUGGCCAAGUAGACCGCAGCACCUGCCACGGACCGACCGGUGAAUAAACAAACAAACAGUAUUUUAAAUCAC